AUGGCUUCCUCCAGCAGUCUCCUGUCUGAAGAGCAGUUCCUGUGCUCAAUCUGUCUGGAUGUGUUCACUGAGCCAGUCUCCACUUCGUGUGGACACAACUUCUGCAUGGCCUGUAUAACAAAGUACUGGGAUAGCAACAACCUGUGUCAAUGUCCACUGUGUAAUGAGAAAUUGUCCAGACAAACUAAGCUUCGUGUUAACACAACCUUCAGAGAGAUUGUAGAGAAUUAUAAACGGUUGAGAGACACAGGUAAAGAUGAGUCCCCUGCCAAACCUGGAAAAGUGCACUGUGACAUCUGCACUGGGACGAAGCGCAAGGCCCUGAAGUCAUGCCAGGUGUGUCUGGCUUCUUACUGUGAGACUCACCUGGAGCCUCAUCAGAUAGCUCCAGCCUUCAAGCGACACAAGCUGAUCAACCCUGUGGAGAACCUGGAAGACAGGAUCUGUAAGAAGCAUGACAGACUCAUGGAUCUGUUCUGUAGGACCGACCAGACAUGUGUGUGUCAGUUCUGCACUGAAACAGACCACAAGACUCAUGACACUGUUCCUAUAGAGGACGAGUGUGGAGAGAGGAAGGUUCAGCUGGGGAAAACUGAGGCAGAAGUGCAGCAGAUUAUCCAGGAGCGACUGCAGAAAGUUAAAGAGAUCAAACUCUCAGUACAUCUCAGCAAAAGAGAUGCAAAGAGGGAGAAAGCAGACAGCAUAAAGGUCUUCACUGCUCUGGUACGAUCCAUUGAGAAAGGCCAAGCUCAGCUCAUUGAGGAGGUUGAGGAGAAGCAGAAAGCAGUAGAGAGGCAGGCUGAAGGGCUCAUUAAAGAACUGGAGCAGGAAAUCACUGAGCUAAAGAGGAGAAGCACUGACCUGAAGCAGCUCUCACACACUGAGGACCACCUCCAACUUCUCCAGAGCUUCACAUCCGUGGUGUGCACCCCUCCACCCACCAAGGACUGGUCUGAGAUCAGUGUUCACAGGACUGUGAGGAGAGCUGCGUCUCAGCUGGAGGAGACAUUGAAUAAAGAGAUGGAGAAGCUGCCUGAUGUCAAACUGAAGAGGAUUCAGCAGUAUGCAGUGGAUGUGACUCUGGACCCUGAUACAGCAAAUCUAUAUCUCAUCAUGUCUGAAGAUGGAAAACAAGUAAGAUGUGGAGACACAUCACAGAAUCUUCCUGACAAUCCAAAAAGGUUUGAUCGUUUUACCAUUGUCCUUGGAACGGAUGGCUUCUCCUCAGGGAGAUUUUACUAUGAAGUGACGGUUAAGGGGAAGACUAGGUGGGAUUUAGGAGUUGCCAGAGAGUCCACUGACAGGAAGGGGGAAAUCACACUGAGCCCUGAACAUGGAGUUUGGACUGUGAUGCUAAGGGAUGGGAAUGAGUACACAGCCUGUGCCUCACCGCAAGUCUGUCUCUCCCUGAGCGAGAAGCCCCAGAAGGUGGGGGUGUUUGUGGAUUAUGAGGAGGGUCAGGUCUCCUUUUAUGAUGUGGAGGCCAGGUCUCAUAUCUACUCUUUCACUUGCUGCACCUUUACAGAGAAAAUCUACCCAUUCUUCAGUCCCUGUAAUCAUGAUAGUGGUAAAAACGCAGCCCCUGUCAUCAUCUCUCCUGUCAAUCACAAACACUGA